UUUUUAUUGGUUGUUCCUUUUAGUUCUAAUCUUGUAUCAGUACUUGAAUCUUCAUUAUUGGUUGAGAUUCUUGAUGUUUUUUUGCUUCUUAUUUUCUACUCACAUCAAGUUAAAAAAUACUCAUUUGAGAUUUUCAUAAAAUUCAAGUACUCGUAUUUGCACAGGUUAAUUUUUUCGUUGUUUCAAAGAAUAUUUAUGCAAGGACCAAUGUUUGUCAAACAGCACUUAGACCAUUGUUGACUAAGGCCAUCUCCUAACCUUUACACAAUUUUUUACACAAUAAUGGUUGAAUUUUGGAACACAUUAAAAACAUAUUUUUGUGCAACCCUUUACGUUAUUGUUAUAGGAAAACCAAAAUUUUCUUUUUUAUUCCAUUUUACCUACUUUUUAUCAUUGUAUUUAGUGACAAAAUUGGUUCAAGUUCCACCAUAUUUGUGCAAAAUAGCUGUUCAUUUGGCUCAUGCAGUUCAGGAUUUUCGUCUGAAAAUAAUGAUUUGGACAAGGUUUGGCGGAGCUCUAAACAACAGGUUAUAUUCUUGAUUACCACUGCCUUAACUGGGAAAUGCAGUUCAAGGUUGAGUUAGUGUUAUCUAACUGUCCUCCAAGCAUAGCUAAGAAUCAGUUUGGAUGGAGAGUUGACUGGUCAAUAUCUUCAUAACUAGAAUCUUUCUAAAAUCAAAUAAAGGGUGGUUAAAAUGUUUUCUAAUGAAUUAUAAUGUUCUUCCUUCAGUUUUAUCAUACAAACUCAAAUACGGAGUAUAUAUCAAGAUUUAGAUGCCAUCCAAGACCUUUUAUCUAAACUGACCAUAAUGGACUUAAUGAUCCAUAUCACUUGUUUUUUUUACAAGAAUGCCCUUAUGAUAUCCCGGUUCUUUCUCUAGUUUCAUUAGUGUGUGUAUGAUUGGUAAUCUCUUUUAUGGUUUCAGGUGACAUUCAUGGUCAGUACAGUGACCUAUUACGACUUUUUGAAUACGGAGGCUUUCCUCCCAAUGCGAACUAUCUUUUUUUAGGGGACUAUGUUGACCGUGGCAAACAGAGUUUGGAAACCAUAUGCCUCUUGCUUGCCUACAAAAUCAAAUACCCAGAAAAUUUCUUUCUUCUGAGAGGGAACCAUGAAUGCGCUUCCAUCAACAGGAUUUAUGGAUUUUAUGACGAAUGUAAACGCAGGUUUAAUGUAAGGCUAUGGAAAGCCUUUACUGACUGUUUUAACUGUCUCCCGGUGGCGGCUCUUGUUGAUGAUAAAAUACUGUGCAUGCAUGGAGGAUUAUCCCCUGACCUAUCAAACUUGGACCAAAUCAGAAACUUGCCACGCCCAACAGCUAUUCCAGACACGGGUUUGCUUUGUGAUUUGCUCUGGUCCGACCCGGGUAAAGAUGUGAAGGGGUGGGGGAUGAAUGAUAGAGGAGUUUCUUUCACCUUUGGACCGGACAAAGUGUCCGAGUUUUUAGCAAAGCACGAUUUGGAUCUUGUGUGCCGGGCCCAUCAAGUAGUGGAGGAUGGGUAUGAAUUCUUUGCUGACAGGCAGCUUGUGACCAUCUUUUCGGCACCAAACUAUUGUGGGGAAUUUGACAAUGCCGGUGCCAUGAUGAGUGUUGACGAGAAUUUGAUGUGCUCUUUUCAGAUUCUUAAACCCGCCGAGAAGAAAAAUAAAUUCAUGGCAUCAUCACAAAUGUGAUUUCAUUCACUAUUAGUAUUCGCCUGAAAUUUACGAAAGUUGUAAACAUUUUAUCCUUAAAAGAGAAAAAGUGCAAUUUAUCGACGGAUUGGUAUAGUACAAUACAUUUGGAGAAGAUCUAUACGGUUUGGGAAAUCAAACCAAACCGUCUCUCUUCCUCGCCCAUGGCCAAUUGCUUGGAUGGACCAACAACAACAUAGAGACAUAUUUCAUAUUUCCAUGUUACGAAAAUUAUUAUUGUUUUAUUCGCUCUCUUCUCUAAUAUAAUCUUAGUUUUGUGUCUCAGAGAUGCCAUUUAUUAUUUGUAUUUUCCAAGGUUAGUACCAUUGUACAUUUUGAAAUGUGUACUCUUGAUCCGAAGCACUCUAUUUUUUACACUCCGUUUUCACUUAGCACGACGGUUGACGGGCAUAUAAGCAAUGACUUGAAAACCAUU